AUGGCUGAGCAGAUGAGCGUUGAUCCGCAAGAUCCUUACGCUUUUGAUUACAUCUUAGGGAGAGACUUGGGCGCGAUCAAGGGGAAUCAUACCUUGCACCGUCCAGUGUCGCAGAUCCACCAGUUCCAAUACGAGGACUACAGUCACAUCUUUGCUUACAAUGCCCAAGAUCUCUUAGACCCCUCAAGCAGAUUGUCACAAAGAUAUCCCCAAGUGAGCCAGGUUCUUCGAGAACGCCUAGGGUUAGCGUUCGGCAAACGGAAUAACGAGGAAUUCUCGAGGUGUAAUUGCGGGGACGAUUCAGGUCACAGAUGCGACAGCGAAGUGUUUCAAAGACGAAACAGCACUUCAUACCAUGAUUUCAUCUGUCUGAGUGCUGAGGGGAGGACCACUGCCAAGGCCGUAUGCCUUUGUCCAGACCUUCAAAAUCGAGUGCAGGUAUAUGGAUUCAUAGGCGCAGGAACAUUUGGUGCCACUUUCAUCGCUCGCGAGAGAGGCGCUGCUGGUGCUUUCCUUGAGGACCUUGAACAAUACGCAAUCAAAUCUCAAGUCCACACAACACAGUGGAUGGACAGUGUAUCCGGUGUACAUUCUCAGAUGGUGCCCUUCUGUGAGGCUAGCGGAGAGUCACGAUAUAUGCCAGAAGAAGCCCUUCUACUGAUCUAUCUCGACGAUAGCAAAAGGUUCCCGCGGCUCGACUCGGUCUAUACUCACGGAUCAAGUCAGACGGGACCAUACCGCCUCGCAUCCGAAAGAGAUAUCUCCCCGUUUCCAGCUUUUGAUGGCAGCUAUCUCAUGUCCACAACCACCAAAGAACCUCAACUGGGGGAAACAGAAGGUUGUAAAGUUGCUUCCCAGCUUGUACAAGCUAUGAUAGAGUUAGCUGACAUGAACGUCUGCCAUGCUGAUAUGUCAGUGACAAAUUAUCUCAUGGACCAAAACCUGAACGUUCAACUCAUUGAUCUUGGAAUGGUCUAUUUCUCGCUGCAUAAAUCGGGGUUCAUGAGAGACAUAGACCACUUUAUCCCUUACCAUGAGUACCAGAUGAUGCCUGAGCGAGCCAUCGAAUUGGAGAAGUACGACACUUGGAGGGACCCAUGCCAUGAUGAUGUCGCUAUCGAAGAAGUCUACUUACCUCAUGACCAGCGGGACAUUUGUUUGUGGAAAUAUUCAACGAUCGUUUAUGGAUUUCUGCAUGGCUUCUGGCCCUGGGAUGAGCCUGAACCAGUGCCAAAAAGUUUGAACUGGCACGGUAGGUAUGAUGGUCCUUACAAUGAUCCGUUCUAUCCAGUAGUCAAACGCAGACGCAAGAGAAUGAUCAAUGAGGAUGUCCCAAUCAGCGAAUCACUCUCACAGGACUGCAGGGAUGUGUUACAAGCCACAUUGUCUAGAGAAAAGUCUGAGCGGCCGUCGUUGGAAGAAUUAUCGUCAUUUCCUUGGUUUUCUCGCUGGUCCGCUGAAGAACUCGAGUCUGGUCGCCCUUUGAAAAGACCCUUUGUCAAGAAAUUCCAUAAUAAGAACCGUGCAGAUGGUCGAAGGGGUUUCCCAUGGCCAAGUAUAUCACUGGACCAGGAUAUGUCCAUCCCCAUCCUUAACACCCCGGGGUAUAAUUCUGAUUACUCUGACUAUUCUACUGGGUCUUCUUAUUAUUCUACAUAUUCUGAUCAAUCUGGUGAUUUUGAAUAUGGGCGAGUUCCUCCUCAAGAGGCAUCACCUUAA